AUGAGUCGAUUUCUCGACAUUGAUCUUAAUGACAAGAGAAUUUCACUAAACUAUGGUUAUAGAGGUCAAUCAUUACUUUCACUUGAACAUGCUCUUGAACCUAUUGUGCCUCGUAUUGAUCAUUUGCGUCAAUAUAUCAAGGAAGCUUUAGAAAAAUGCCAUUUUCCAUCCGAACACAACCUUACACAUGACGAAUCAGCCUCGAUUUAUCUUUAUACCAUGGAAUGGGGUGCUCAUAGUUUAUAUCGAUUGUUGAAUAAGGAUCUGAGAUCCGAAGAUCCAUCUGCAUUGACACCAUGGGGUAAUUAUCUCAAAUUAUUCGAAAUUGCACUUACAAAAUUGCCCAGAGAAAAAAAACGUCUUUGGUGUGGUACGAAGGAUGGCGUCAACAAAAAUUUUAUUAAAGGUAGUGAAAUAAUUUGGCGAAGUGUGAGUUCUUGCUCAACCACACGUAAUGUCAUCAAAAAACUUCUCGGCAACGAUACAAAUGCUAUAUUCUUCAUGAUUGAAGCCGUAAACGGUAGAAAUUUGAGUGGUUAUACAAAAUAUCCAGAUAAAAACGAAGUAUUGCUCGGUCCAGGCACUCGAUUAAGUGUGGAAAGUAAUGAUUUAAAAUUUAAUGAUGGUCUAAAAGUUGUACAUCUAGUAGAAAUAACGGACAACAAUAAUGAAACAUUACCAGCAGUCACGGAUACGAUUAGCAUAACGUCAAAACCAGGAGUUCAUAAUAAGGAAGUAGAAUUUCGACUCUAG